GGCAGCGCCCGGCGGCGGCCGGGAGAAUGCAGCUGCCCGGCCCGCGGGCACCGCCAGCGGGGCGCCCCCGCCGCCGCCAUGUCCCCCCCGGCCUCGGCGGCCGCGGCCAGCGACGGAGGCAGCAGCACGCCGGUGCCUCCGGAGGAGGAGGCGGAGGGGGCCCGGGAGGAGCAGCGGCCGGUGAAGCAGUCUCUCAGCAAGUCCCUGUGCCGAGAGUCGCAUUGGAAAUGCCUGCUGCUGUCCCUCCUCAUGUACGGCUGCAUGGGAGCCAUGACCUGGUGCCAUGUCACCAAGGUGACUCGAUUGACCUUUGACAGCGCUUACAAGGGCAAGUCCAUGAUGUACCAUGACAGCCCCUGUUCCAACGGCUAUGUCUACAUCCCCUUGGCCUUCCUGGUCAUGCUCUAUGUGGUGUACCUGGUGGAGUGCUGGCACUGCUACACCCGCAAUGAGCUGCAGUACAAAGUGGAUGUGGAAAGCGUUCAUGAGCGCGUGCAGCGGAUGCAGCAGGCUACACCCUGCAUCUGGUGGAAGGCCAUCAGCUACCACUAUGUCCGUAGGACCCGGCAGGUUACCCGCUACCGCAAUGGGGAUGCCUACACCACCACACAAGUGUAUCACGAGCGGGUCAACACCCAUGUGGCAGAGGCAGAGUUUGAUUAUUCCAAUUGUGGAGUUAAGGACAUCUCCAAGGACCUCAUUGACUUGGAGAGCUACCCAGCCACACGGCUCCGCUUCACCAAGUGUUUCAGCUUUGCCAAUGUGGAGUCGGAGAACUCCUACCUGACUCAGCGGGCCCGCUUCUUCACGGAGAAUGAGGGCCUAGAUGACUACAUGGAGGCCAGAGAGGGGAUGCACCUCAAAAACGUGGACUUCAAGGAAUACAUGGUGGCCUUUUCUGACCCAGACAACCUGCCUUGGUAUGUGUCCCACUAUGUCUUCUGGGUGGCAGCUCUGCUGACCCUAUCCUGGCCCCUGCGGGUGCUAAACGAGUACCGCACCUCCUACGUCCAUUACCAUGUGGAGAAACUCUUUGGGUUUGACUAUGUGGCAGUGACGCCGGCUGAGGAGCGUACCUUCUGCCGGAGGAUGCCCCGCGUCAACACAGUGGACAGUACUGAGCUGGAGUGGCACAUUCGAUCCAAUCAACAGCUGGUGCCGAGCUACUCAGAAGCAGUCCUGAUGGACUUGGUGGGGCUUUCUGGCUGCACUAGCUACUCCGCUUGCCGGUAUGGUGGCUACCGGCAGAACUGUGAGCGGUGCCACAGGACUAUAAGCAGCUCCUCUAUCUUCUCCCGCAGCGCCCUGAGCAUCUGCAACGGCAGCCCCAGGAUCCCCUUCAGCAGCAGCCGCUUCUCCCUGGGCCGCCUGUAUGGCUCACGACGCAGCUGUCUUUGGCAGAGCCGGAGUGGGAGCCUGAAUGAGCAGAGCUGUCCCACGGAGCAGACCCGCCUCUCCAGCCAGGUGACUGUGGAGGAGGAAGACCCCCCUCCUUACCAGGAUGCCCUCUACUUUCCCAUCCUCAUUGUGCACCGCAAUGAAGGCUGCCUGAACCACGACCACCGUCACCUCCACCGAAACGGGUCCUGUGUGGAGACCUCACUGUGAAAGCAGAGGGCAGUGAGAUCUCAUUGUCUGUUGCCUGGCCCGAGCCAGCACAGGAUUUGGGGAGAGGAGCGCAAGGAAGGGAGAUGGCCCAGGAGGAUAUCAGGAUGGAGCGGGCACAGCAUCUCGCUCUGACAGCCAGUGAAAGCUCCCCCCAGGCAUGGCUCUGACCUCCCGAAGGGGUGAACGCUCAUGCUCCCCUAGAUAUGGCACAGAACUCUAGACCGACCACCACGUGCAAAAAAACCCAACCAAACCGACCCCAAAAUCAUUAUUCAUGACACCAAGAUCCAAAGGGGGGGAAUAAAAAGACAGGCCUGAUGCAGGGAGGGGAGUGCUUUGGCUUCCAGCCGUGGCCUCAGGCUGGCUCGUGCUCUGAGGAACCAGCAGCCACCAGAAAGCGCCCUGCUGCACCUCUGCCCAACCCGCUGCCCACACUGGAGUGAGACCCCUUGCAGAGUGGAGAGGAACAGGCCCUUUGGGAGCAGCAUGAAAGUGCCUGUGCCUAAAGGUCUUGGGCACCCAAACACCUGGAGCUGAGCAGCAGACCAUGCUUCGACUGUUACUCUGUUCUCACUGCUGGGAAUGGCACCACGUGCAGAGGAUCCCAGGCUCGGCUCCUUAGGAAGCCUUGGCAUGCCAGCUCUGGGAGUCAGCAUCCCCUAGGUAAAGGGCUUUUGGUUUGGGAUUACAGCAGGCAGGCAGCACCGGAGAAGGUGUGAAUGUGCAAAUCCAGAUGAAGCAGUGAUCUGCAGCACUCCUGAUCCACUUGCUGGAGGAAGGCUCAGCUGGAGAGAGAAAAUGAGAGGUCCCCGGUGAGCUGAGGAAAGGGAAGAGGAUGGCACUGGGACAGGCGUCGUGGUAAUAGGCAGCGUGUCAAGUGGCUGGGGUCCCUACCUGGCUUUGAAGUGUAUCCUAAUCGAUACAGACAAGCAUCAAGGAAGGUUCUGCUGCUCUGCCAAGGGAAACGUUAUGUCCAUGGAUGCGAUCUCGUCAUCUCCCUCAAAAGCAAGCUAACAAGCAGAUUGACCUCCGUGGGAGAGGAGCCUUCUCCCACAGGACCAUAGCUUUUCUGCACACGAGGAAAAAGAGGUCCCAAGGACAGAACUGAACCUGCAAGACCCAUGGCCUCAUGGCCCCCCCUUCCUCCUUCCCUCCUCACCUUUUCUGUCUGUCUUGAGGAAGGGACAGUUUCUUUGUGGAGUUCAGCAAGCUUCUCUUCCUGCAACUCAAUAGCAGGCUCUACUAACAGGUACAUCAUCCACCUAUGCAACACUUCUAGAAGCUGCUGAGUUUUCAGGAGCCCAUUACAGUGUGCAGCAUGGCCAUCCAGCACUGAGAAUAAGCACAGCGGCUGCUGGAAAGCUAAGUGGGUUUUAUUCCUCCCCUCCUCCUGAGGAAGACUGUUUUUGUUGGGGCUUUUUGUUUGUUUGUUUUUUGUAAAAUUCAUUUGGGGAAAAGAAGCUUGUGGGAAAUCGAUGCCCAUCCUGAACCUUCCCCUGUCCUUCGAACUAUGGGAACAGAUGGCUCACCUACUGUGAUUAUAAUUUAGUGGACUUUGUAGAGCAAAGUAACUUCACACACAGACGCACGAGGUUCUUUCACUCUCCAUCAGCACAAGCUGCUUCUGCAAUCUUAGCUACUCACAUUAGUGAAAGAAAAAGCAUAGCUAGAAUGUGGUAAGAUGAUGUAGUAUUUUGUAUCAGUCCUAUGGUCCCAAUAUCCAUUAGCAGCACUAUCAACUGCUGUGCCAUGAAUUCAGGCUUUGGAUGGUAGCCCACAAACCGGUCAGGGUGAAAAGGUUUGGCAAAUUCCAAGCCUGAGUGUAUAUGCAUCUCCAGAAGCAGAUGUAGAGAGAGAGAGGAUCGGCUGAAAGCAGACGUUGCCUCCUGCUCAGCCCAGCCAGAAGCUGGUGGGCUCUGUUUGUGCUACACCUGCCUGCUGAGGUAAAGCUGGUCCCUAGGGGCCGAGUGGAGGGCAAGGAAAGUAAUGGAGUGUCUGACAAAGCAGCGUGCACAGCACUGCUCAGCUGGUUGGGAAUAAAGCGGUAAAAAAAGAGACUCCAGAAUAACAGGAUUUCAUUUUGGAAAUACCAAUGGCUUUUUCAAACUGAAAUGAGACUAAAAGGUCUUAACAGUUGUGAGGAGCAUUUCAGGUUGCUGUUCCCUGUUUACAAAAUUUAAUUUUUGUUGAUAAGGUGGGUUUAACCACUCCACUUCGCCAGCUCUGUUAAAAAUGUGCAGUGCUGGUGGAGAAAAAAUGCUCAAGGAAGACUGGGAUGGCAGCUCUGUGACUUUGCAGUGGGAUAAGCUGAUCAGGAACGAAGGCUGGGGUUUAUAAAGUCUUCCUCUGUCCCUGGAGGUGUGACCAGGCCAUCGACCCAAGUAUGUGUGCAUGGCAGGGUGGGCUUCUGCGUUCUCAUGUGUACAGCCGGGACCCAUGGCCCUGCAGAGCGUUGGUGUGUUUGUGGCUUUGGUCUGGUGUUGCCCAUCCGUCCUCGCAGCAAGGGCUUUGCAGAGUGACAGAGCAUUACUUGUUUCUUGUGAGAUGAAACUCCUGACCUGUUUGUUUUUUGUGAGGAGAUGGUGUGAAGUGUCACAUUUGCUGCAGUGAGUGGCGGGAAGCAGGGAUAAAAGCAUGGAGCAGGCUGUGUUUUAGAACAAGAUAAUCCCAUGCUGCCUGCUUGAAACAAGAGCUGCUCAAUCUGCUCCCUGGCCAGCACUCUCCAGCUCUUCUCACCCUCCCCAAAUGCAAUGGGCAAACUGUCAUUCCUCUCAGCUAGCCAGAGCACUUUCCCUGACUCCUCUGAGGCCUUGCGUUUGCAUCAUUUCAGACCUUUCCUUGGCUAGCACCGUGGGCCAGCUGUGAGAUGCCAGCAGAUGCAUGAUGACCUCAGGCAUGCUGGUGGUCAGACCUCACUAUAACCUGCUGUUUUACCUAAGUGCAUGGCCUUCCAACAAUGCUCCCUGCCUUGGCAUGCCUCAUGCUUGCUUGAUGGAGAGACCACAGCCUGCAGAGCAUUGCAGCACAUCCUAGCCUCACUUUUGCAUCUUUUCAUGCUUUCCCAGAGAAUUCCACAGCAAUUCUCUGAACCUUUGUAGACAGGGUAAGUUCAACAGACCAAAGUCAGAAAACAGAAGCCCUUGACAUUUUGGUGGUCCUGAUCCCCAGUGCCCUGGUGCUGUCCCCGGGAAGGAGAGGCAGGUUGGCUCUUGUGGUGGUAUGGGACUAGGGGACAGCAUCAUGGUGAAAGCAGCGCGUUUGCUGGGGAGUCACUAAAGAUGGUCUCUGUGCUUCUCCACUGGGACUGAGAGCAGCUUUGCUGUGGGCUGAACAAGGCGCAGGAGCACCUUGAUAGAGGAGCUAGCUGAGGAGUGCAGAAUAGCACCUAAAUGCUCAGCAACACUUGUGGAGAGGAGGGGCUCUAUGAGAACAUCUGUAGAAGGCUUUGCAGAUGUGGUUUUGAUGGAAGACACAGGGCAAGAGGCUGCUGUGCAGGAGCAGCAGUGCUGUGAGGCAGGUAAGGUGGGAAGGAAACAGAGAGAACAGGGCAUUUGAUGGAGAAACCUGGAAACAAAGUGUGCUUUCAACGCAGGCUGUGUAUGCUGUGGCUGAGGAGAGAGGUGGGGGGUGUUUCAAAGCUGAGGUGCCCAGGCCAAGCCUCGCUUCAUAGUCAACGCAGCGAUGUUGCCUCCAAGCCCAGCACUGACAGCUCCAGCACAUGUCACCAAGCUGCGAUGGCUAAUGCAGCCACAAGGUGUAAAUGUCACUAAUGAAUAAAUUGCCUUGUGCCUUGGAGAGGCUAAUCCAUCACGGCCAGGGAUGGGGAUCUGACAGGCGUGGCUAUUUCAGGCAUAGCCUGUAGGGAGGAGGAACACUUCAUUUCUGAGCUGUCCCCUCCGCCAAGGGAGGCUGAUGUAGGGCUUGGCUCUGCACUGCUCCCCAGCUACAUAAGCUCAGGCUUCAUCUCUCUUCGCUGUGGCUGAAGGGAGAAAGAGGAGAGUGUCUAGGUUAGCAAAAAGUGCCCUGUCAGCAGGGUGAUGUGUGGGGCCUGGCCAGGGCCAGCUGGUGACUGAAUUUUGAAGGAGGCUGCUACACACAGAGCAUGGGUGCUGUAGGUCGUGCCAGGGUCCCCAGCAAUCAGGAGAGCUUGCAUCAGUUGUCUGGGGUGCAGGGUUAUGGGGGGGUGUGUUUCAGGCCAGUAAGUGCUUGGUGCUGUAUUUUGCAAACUGGCCAUUUACUCCUCAAUUCGGUUUCAUAGUUUGCCCGUAUAAGAGGUGACCAGAAAACGCUCUGAGCCUGCCCGGGCCCUCACCCUCUCAGUUUGGAGAUGGCUCUCUGGUGCUGUCCCUGGAGCAGCACACUACCCCCCUGCCCCCUCAUUUUCUUCCUGCUGUUGAACGUCAGCCACCAGCACCUUGGCUGACUAGACAGAGGGCCAGCAGGUGCCUGGCAAGCAGGGACAGAAGCCGAGGGUGGACAAAUCCAGUUCCAUCAAAGCAAAGGGAGGCUGAACACAGCAACCACUUCCACGCACAGCCUCUGCCCAUCCCUGUAGCAGCCUGCUCCUCCACUCCUAGUCAGUGCUCAAAAUCAACCUUCUGUCCUGUUUACGACAUAUGCCAGUGUGACACCUUGCAAAUGGAUGCCUGGAUCACUGAGAGCAGAAGCUGCCAGGCUUGGGAAGUUGGCCACCGGCUCCUACUGCCACGCACACUGCGCUCAGAGCAGUGGAAGCAGGGCUCACCAUCUGCUGCAGGCGGGAGCCAGCUGGGUGCCCCUGCUCUGGCCCAAUGGGGCACCUGCUGGCACAGCCCAAGUGCAAGCCCUUGUGUCAUUCCUUUACUUCCCAGCUACCUCUAUCUCCCCUCAUCUCUCUGGCACAGACCCAUGGGCCAGGGGAUGCUCCCAGCUUGGCUGGGAUCUCUCUGCUGCUGAGUGCUGCUCAAUAGUUGAAGGCUAUUGGACUGGAUGACCUUUGCAGGUCUCUUCCAAUCCAAACUUUUCUGUGGUUCUGUGUGAUUCAUGCUGCAUUGGUGGACAGCAGUGGAGGUAAGACCAGCUCCCAGGCAAGGUGCUGGAGGUUGUUCCCUCCUCCAGAUGGAGGCCCACAGCUGACCCCCCGCCCCCCAUCGCAAAGCCCUGGAAUACUCCCUGGGAAUGGAUCUCAUGGGAGAGCUAAGGGGUUAGUACUAGCCCUGUGCUGGCACAUGCCCUUCCCACCACAGAGUGACCUGCUAGUUAGUGCUCUGCAAGGCAGUCCCAUGCCACAGUAACUGAACCUGACUCACCAGUGAUGGGAGUCUUCACACUCAGACGAUUUGCUGUUGCUGUCAGAGCUUUCAUUUUUACCAAUGUGCGUGGCAUUAGAAAUGGUUUCCACCUUUGCAAACUGGCAAAUAGUGUGGACUGUAGGUCUUGGGUGUAGGCAAGUGGUGUGGGACUUUGCUCUUUGGCCAGGAGAUUGAAGGGAGGGAAGGCAAAGAGUUCUCCAGGCAGCAGCUACCUGUCCAGGGAUUCCUGUGUGUGGCAUCACAGGAGUGGGUUUUGAGGGUGCUCACAUGGUGUUCACUGUCUUGGCCACUUAUAGGAAGAGAUGUGAGUAUCCUAGAAAGUGAGUCAAUAGUUGUUCUGGUGAUGAUACGUUUUCCCAAGCCCUUGUCUGUCCAUCCUUGUUCCUCAUUGGCUCUGGUGGCCAGUUCCUCAAGUGUCUGCUAGCAUGUCUGAGGGAUCUCAUCGCUGCCCUCCCAGCACGAGCUUUCAUUGCACAACUGGCUGACCAGACGCAGCCCUGUACUUGGAGCUACAGGCAGGCUUGCCCAGGACCAGGCCACCUCCAUUAACCUCCCAACCCACCCUCGCUGCUGGAGCUGUUCCUUCAUCAGUCUGAUGCUGAUCUGGGUCUUUUCUGCUGUUUCUGAACACAAUUUCUCAUCUCAUUCAGGUGUGUCAUUCAGUGCAAAUAUUUUGUAAAUGCAAAUAAAAAGAAAUAAAUCUAUUCAAUACCUCGGUCUCGAGGACGAGAAACAAAUACUGGGAGAUGCCCAGGUGUAGAAGUUUCACAGCUGCUGUCACUGGUUGAAUUUUCUUGUGGAUGUAGCCCCUGGACCAUCCACAAAUAGUUGGAAAUGGAGCUACACAGACCUGGGACAGCAUGAGGCUGAGCCUUCUUGGCACCCUUGUGUGGCCACUGCCACCAGGGACAGCCCCACACUCUAUCCUUUCUGAUCCAUAAGGAGGUGACAUGGUGCAGGGAGAAGUCCUGUUGGCCAGGGGCUGGUGGCCAGCAGCAAUGCAGGUGUCUGUAUCCAUCAGGCAGAGCAAGGCAAAAGCGGGUACAUGGUGAACAAAUCCUUUUGUGAACACUGGGAAACGGUUUUUACUUUUCAACUCUGUCAAUAUGAUCUAGCUCUGUCUGUCUCUCUAUAUAUGUACAAACAGUAUAUCACAAUGUUGCCUUUUUUGUUGGAAAUAUCAAAGUACAAAGAUUGUAAACCAAAUCGGUGUAAUAAAAGU